AUGUGUUCCAGACUUUCACUUCAAAGCGAGGGAGGGGAUGAAGUGGUGGUGCAGGAUCAAGACUGGUUGGGUGGCAGUGAAGGGGAUUUGGCAUGGUUCCAUUUAAUUAGCCGUUUGUUCUCCAAACAAAAGGCUAAUGUCGACCGCCUGCGGACAACAAUGUUGUUGGCGUGGCAAGUAGAAGUUGCGUUUAUGAUCAAAGAAGCUGGUGACAAUCUGUUUAUCUUUCAUUUUGAAGAUGAGGUAGAAAGGGACCGAAUUUUGGUGUCUCAACCAUGGUGCUUCAAUCGGACUCUGCUCGUGCUCAAAGAUUUCGAUGGCAUCCAAGUUCCAACUGAGGGUCUGUGGAUCUUGACACACUUGGAUUCUGACUGUCCGGUGGGUGUAACGAUGCUCAAAACACAAGGGUAUAUUGAAAAGAAAUUUGAUGACAGUAUAAGGGCAAAAAUCCUCGAUGCGAAGCCUCGGCAAUCGGGGCUAUUGGCUCGUUCUCGGAUGAGGGUCUCAAAUCAGGGGAUGGGGAAUAGAGGAGGUAUUAAUCAAUUACCAGCAAGCUCUAUAUCAGGGAAUAGUCAGCCACGAGCACUUCGAAACCAUGUUGACAGCCAACUUCUUCGACGGCGAAUCCAGUUCACCAACCCCUUUUGUUUUUGGGGCGACAUCGCGCCAUCGCCAGGGAGGAGGCAGAGGAAUUGGAAGAAAAAGGCACGUAUCACUUCAAAGUAUACCUUCGAUGUUUUGGGGCCUUGUACUAAUGCUGAUCAGAAAAUUGGGCAAAAGCAAAAUUCGGGGAUUCCAAAUUAUGACUUCCUCAGUGCUGGAGCUAAUAAGAAAUGGAAAGAACGAGGUAUGAUGCUUGAUAAUCAAGAAGGGGAUGAAUUUGGUGCUGCUAUUUAUCGAGACUUGGGAGCUGUUGAUGGGCCAACCAAUACGACUAAUAGUGGCGCUUCUGGUGAUCGGAAUAAUAAUCACAAAUCUCAAUCGGCCGGGAUGGAGGAGAACCAUCCCUGCCGGGAACCAUUAAUCUUCUUGUUUGGAACUACCGAGGCCUUGGAGGCUCUCGGGCAGUGUUUUCCCUUCGUUCCAAUGGACUUUAUACCGAGAAAAGAUUUCCGUUUUGAGCAUAUGUGGAUCAAGCAUGAUGGUUUGGAGGAAGUGAUUAGGGAGUCUUGGAACCAGAACCCGAUGUUGGACGUUAAACAAUCCAUUGAAGCUUGUGGAAGAGUUUUACAAUUCUGGAAUAAGAGUGUUUUUGGGAAUGUCCGACACAAAAUUAAUUGUAAACAGAGGGAAUUGGAGAAUCUUUAUGUGGAUAUACAGCAGCAAGAUGGUCCUCAGGCUAUACAAAACUGUGUAGAUGAACUUAAUGUCUUAUAUGAUCAAGAGGAGAUAAUGUGGCGGCAGCAAUCGAAGGAGAAUUACUUCGGACAUGUGCUCUGUUUGGAUAGGGAAUUCACAAAAGAGGAGAUUAGGCAGGCAGCUUUUAAUAUGGAUCCAGAUAAAGCAGCAGGUGCGGAUGGCAUGUCUCCACUCUUUUUCAACGUUUUUGGAAUAUUGUGGAUUGACAAUCCAAUUUCUGUGAAGGACUUUCGUCAUAUAAGUCUAUUUAAUGUAAUUUUCAAGAUAAUUUCCAAGGCUCUGGUGAAUUGGUUGAAAGAGAUAUUGCCUCAGAUUAUUAGUCAAACUCAAAGCGCUUUCGUACCAGGGAGGAUGGUAUUUGAUAGUGCAAUGGUGGCUUUUGAAACGGUGCAUUAUUUGAAGAAUAAACGACAUGGUGUAGAUGGCUAUAUGGCACUGAAGCUUGACUUGAGCAAGGCUUAUGACAAGGUCGAACAGGAUUUCUUGGAUUCUGUUAUGCGGCAAAUUGGAUUUUCAAAAAAAUGGAUUUUGAUGGUUAUGAACUGUGUAAAAACGGUUUCAUAUUCUUUUUUGAUUAAUGGUGACCAAACGAAGAAGUUUAUGCCAACACGUGGGAUUAGACAGGGGGAUCCUCUCUCUCCCUAUUUGUUUCUUCUCUGUAUGGAAGGGUUGUCCUGUUUGUCGCAACUUGCGGGUCCGGGGUCCGAACCCUGCCGUUAA